AUGGCUUCCCCGGUUGCUAGGCUUCGUGAACUGCUCGCCGACGAGAGCAAGAUCAUUGUAUGCCCUGGUGUCUACGAUGGACUCACAGCAAGAAUUGCUCUCCAAGGAGGUUUCGAUGCUUUAUAUAUGACCGGUGCUGGAACGGCUGCUUCCAGACUUGGAAUGGCAGAUCUGGGCAUAAUCACAUUGAAUGAAAUGCGCACGAAUGCAGAUAUGAUUGCCAAUUUGGAUCGGUCGGUGCCGUUGAUUGCUGAUGCAGAUACUGGCUUUGGAGGCACUUUAAGUGUUCACCGCACUGUGACUGAAUACAUUCGAAGCGGUAUUGCAGCCUUUCAUUUGGAAGAUCAACCAACGACCAAACGCUGCGGACAUUUGCUAAACAAACAAAUUGUCGAGGAGGACGAAUUCUUGUCUCGAAUUCGCGCUGCAGUAAAUGCUCGCAAACAGUCUGGUGGCGACAUAGUGAUUAUUGCUCGUACAGAUGCGCUGCAGUCUCUUGGUUAUGAAAACGCAGUGCAGAGACUAAAGCACGCGAUUGAGCUGGGCGCUGACGUCGCUUUUCUGGAGGGUGUUGCAACUAGGGAGGAGGCAAAGCAGACUGUCCAAGAUCUCAGUCCUACGCCUGUUCUCUUCAAUGCUGUUGCUGGUGGACUAUCACCUUAUCUUACGGCGGACGAGGCGCGCGAGCUUGGGUUUAGGAUCAUCAUCUUCCCUGGGUUUGCUUUGACGGCAGUUUACGAGGCAGUGAAUGCAGAGGCCAAGCUGCUGAAAGAAACCGGUACCACGGCUAAGAGAGCUGGUAGUCCUAAGGAAUUAUUCACUGCUCUUGGAUUGAGGGAAUCCAUGGCAAUAGAUGCUGCAGCAGGUAGCCGUCUAUAUGAAAAGGGGGUCUAA